AUGCAUCUGCUGCUGUUCAUUUUAUUCUGCCUCAGUCUCUGUUCUUCUGUGCUGAGUGCAGCAAUAACCACUCCAUGUAGUUCUGUAUACAGGGGCUUUGCUGAAUGUCUGGUCACUCUGGGUGACAGUGUGAGCUCCAAGGCUGAUAACCCACAAGACAUCAACUCCAUUUGCGAGUCAUGGGAUGCUUUCCAGGUGUGUGUGAGUGGUGUCUUGUCAGGCUGCCGAGGUGACGCAGCGGAAAUUUGGGAAUCUUUGAGAGCAGAGUCCCGGAAAACAGCAUUUGCGGGUAACCUCUAUGACAUGUGUGCCAGUCGUACUGCAGCUGCGACUGCAACCACACCUCUGGUUCCCAACGCUGAUCAAAGCAACCAGGAAACACUCAAAGGACUCGCUCAUUCUGUCAGCCACUCAGUCAGUAAAGAGCUGCUCCUGAUAUGCUUCUCUAUUCUCCUGCUGCUUUGGAUGUAA